CCUAAACCCACACUUUUCCUUCCUCUUCAACAGUUAAUCGCGCCCGUCUCAAUUUGCUUGCAUCUCCAUUUCUUCUUCCCUCCGGUUGUUUGGGGGAAGGGCUUGUCAUUGUUUCCAUGGUUAGAAGCAUUUUGGUUGGAAGUUUGUGACAUCAAUUUACCUGAUAAACAUUGCUUGAAAUAAGGUUUCCAUUUUUCUCCUGAUAAGUCUACCCUACUGCAUACCUAAUGGGAACUUACAGCAACUUUCUAUGGAGUCUUGCAAAAAAAUCUUUAACAGCUGGGCUCAUAGCAGUUACAAUUUCAGAUCGACUUGCCAGUAUCUCCCCAGUUCAUGGUUACUCUAUGUCCCCCACGUUAAAUCCAAAAACAAAUACUCUUCCAGAGUUAUUUUCUAGAGACUAUGUUCUGAUGGAGAAGCUUUGCCUUCAAAGAUACAGAUUUUCACAUGGUGAUGUGGUUGCUUUCAGCUCUCCAGAAAAUUACAAACAGAAACUUAUAAAAAGAAUUAUUGGGUUACCAGGUGACUGGGUUGCAGUUCCUCAUUCUUAUGAUGUUGUAAGGGUUCCAGAAGGACAUUGUUGGGUUGAGGGAGACAAUUCAGCUAACAGCAAAGACUCAAGGUCUUUAGGUCCUAUUCCUUUGGGUUUGAUUUGUGGAAGGGCCACCCACAUUGUAUGGCCUCCACGUAGAAUAAGCAAACUUGAGAGUAGAAUUCCCCAAAGCAGACUCUCUUCUUCCUAAUUGGGGUGUCCAAUGCUGCACUGCUGGACCAUUGCCAACAAGUCAGAAACUCAGAAUACAGGUUUUUUUCGUGAUCUUUUUACCCCAGGAAUGCACACACGAUGAUAGAAUUGUUUGCAUUCUUUAGCAGUGACAGAAUUCUUUGAUUGCAUUCUUGCAAUAUCAUCAAAGUAGUUCCUGCUGUAGUUAUAUGGACCUAAAUAUAAGAGCUUUUAGGUUGGAGGGAGCGCUAUAACGAUUCAUGAGAGGUUUAGUAGUUUUUCUGAGAGCUAUUUCUCAUUGAAUCCUUGCUGCCUUGUAUUCAAAAUCAAAUUAUUCAAAUUUAGACAUGGAAUUGUGAGACAAUGCUUUGCUUGAAAGAGAAUAAUGGGAAAAAGUUUGCUCAUUUGCGAUAUUUUUUAAUAAAAUAGAGAUUAUUAUUUGAAAUCAUUUAUGUAGAUUUUUACUAGCAAAUUCAUCAUUGAUGGCUCUUAAGAAAAAAUGUAUUGCAAAUUUGCAACUUCCAGCAUAUUGGUUUCCAGAAUUGGGAUAGUGCCUGCCUGCCUGCCUGCCUGCCUGCCUGCCUGCCUGGUGCUCCAAGAGCAAAACCAGAAAGAAAUAACAGUAGAACAAUAGUAUGAGGGGGUUUAUGUCCAGACGAAGCAUGGUUCAUGUAAAUGCUCGGAAGUUUCUUUUUGGAAGAAUUGGAGUGUAGAGAAUGUGCCUGACAACGUCCGUGAAUGGUGGGAUACUUAAGGUAAUGGUAGACCAAAACCUGGCGUUAUGGUGCCGUAUGGACCCCAAGUUCUCUUCAUCAUUGCCUGAUGGCCCGGCUGGUUCAAUUGGUUAAGUGGGUCGUUUUCUUCGGCCAUAACCAUAAGUUUAAGAUUUAAGUGGGUCAUUUGAAAUUUGAGUCUUUUUACUUCCUCCCUUGACCUUGUUAAGUGGUUUUUCUUAAAACUCAAAUUUUGUUCCAAAUUAAUUGUCUGUUUCGAC